AUGAAGAAACUUUCCUUGUUGCAGUUGACAGCAGUGCUUUCAAUAGCCUUGUCUUCGGUCAUCAGCACAGUAAAGGCCAAUUCAUCGCCCUACACUACUGGCAACUUUCGAGUCGUAGUUGAUCCAUCCGCAGCUCUCCACAACAAAAAGACCUCGCGGCAACGAAAUGGGUUCCUGUCUCCAUCAUCACUGCAACACGACGAAGAUGCUAGAAGACGCUUGUCUGCAACAAAAGACAACAAUGGCUUGCAAACUAUGCUAGAGAAAUUGCGCGUCAAACAACGGUGUUCGGAAACCUUGAGCAUUGUGUCAGACAAGUCCAAGGUGGUGCUCUCCAAAUGCAAACAGGUGGCCUCACACUAUUCCAAAGCGGAAAUUGGCUUGUAUGCCUCGCUUGCGUGUGCGCUCACAUUUGCCUUGCAAGCUGUCUUUGCCAAGACUCCUUGCAAGACACUCGAUGUUGGAAUCAUUACCUACCUACUGUCCAUGGCCUCCAGCAGCCACUACAUGCCCAUCGAAUUGGCCAACCCCAAGCGAACCUUACAGAUCUACACGACUCCCUCGGUCUUUUCCACUGAUGGCAAGACGUAUAUCAGGCUCAUUCGAAAGGGAUCCAAAAGCAUGACCUACCACAAGAAGAAGACGAUUGCCUCGUCGUCCCAAGAAUCUCAAGUCCGAAUGGAACCCGUCCAAACCUUUUAUCACUCGACCGGACGAGAGCCAGCGGCAGAUCCAGCCUCGCACAAUGCCGUCCUCCAAAACAUGACCCCCUACAUGAGACAAAAGCUCAAGGCCCGUCGGAUGCGAGGUGGUGGGACGCAUGCCGGUUUAAUGGAACGAUUGACCAUUGGAUUUUACUUUGGAGCCUGGUACGCCCUCAAUAUUGUGUACAACAUCAUCAACAAGAAGGUCUUGAAUGUGCUUCCAGCUCCACUUAUUGUAGGAACCUUUCAAUUUGGUAUCGGUGCGCUCUACUGUGCCCUCGUUUGGUUGGUCAAAUUACGGCCCAUGCCCAAACUUACCGCCAGUGGAAAACAAGCAGUUAUCACCGUGGGUAUGUAUCAUGCCCUCGGACAAUUGGCCAGUAUGAUUAGUUUGGGAGCGGGACCUGUCUCGUUUACGCACAUUGUCAAGGCGAUGGAACCCUUUUUCAGUGCGGUCGUUUCUGGGCUCUACUUUAAAAAGUGGAUGAAGCCACAAGUCUACUUGACAUUGGUGCCCGUGGUCUGUGGUGUGGGAUAUGCCUGCAUGAAGGAGCUCAACUUUUCGUGGCUUGCCUUUGGAGCAGCCAUGUCGAGCAACUUAUUCUUUGCCUUGCGAGCCGUCAUGUCCAAACUUGCCUUGUCGGGAGGUUCGUCGGGUACCAACUUGACUCCACCCAACAUGUUUGGAUUGGUCACUUGGGCCGCCUUCUUUUUGUCUGUCCCAUUGGCAAUUUUUGGAGAAGGCAAGUCGUUUAUGGGAUUGUGGGAUACGGCUUUGAAGACGGUAGAAAGUCACGGACAAUUCUACAAGUCAUUGGUCAUUUCGGGUUUGGUCCAUUACUUGAACAAUGAAGUCAUGUACUUGGCAUUGGGCAAGGUCCAUCCAGUGACAUUGGCCGUUGGAAAUACCAUGAAGCGGGUCUUUAUUCUGGUAGCCUCGGUCAUGGUCUUUCGCAACAAGAUUACCGUCCAAGCUGGUAUUGGAUCGGGAGUUGGUAUUGGUGGAGUCUUGCUGUACAGUCUCACCAAGCAAUACUAUGAAAACUUGGAACAAGCAGCCGCUGCCAAAGCACCAAAGACCGUGGGGAAGAGGUUUCGAUUUGGAAAAAAGGUUUGA